GUCUCGCUCACAGCUGGUGAUAGGCUGUGUGUUGUGUGAUAUCUGGCCUCUUUGUUCAUUGCGGAAUGACCUGACCGGCUCGUCAUUCUUAUUCUAUUAGCGCCUGGCCUUACCUACUACUACUUACAUAGUAGACAUACACAACCGUGCAUCGGUCAUCAUUUCUUUACAGCUUUUCUAUAUACUCCCACUGCCAGCCAUACUCACCAAACCCACCAUCUCAAACCAAAUCGACCCAAUCUCCCUAGAAUAUGGGCAUAUUCAGCUGGCUCUGCUGCAUCCCAUCCAGCCCAUCCCCUCCCCCGCUCUCAGCCUCGCCCCAGCCUCGUCCCCAUUCCACCACCACCACAGCAAGCAAUGCCCCCAACACAGAAACAGGCUACACGUCCCCCACCGGCCUCCCAGCCUACACGCCCCGCCCCGUCAGCAUCCACGAAAAGACACUAGAGCUACACAUGCGCGAUCCCCCGAUCUCAUCCACCUCGGCACCCGACCAGCACCAGCACAGCUACCCCGACGAAAAAGCCCCCUACCGCUACUCCAUCGACCACCCCGCCCCCGGCAACCGCCCCGAGGAUCUCUCCUCCGACGUCUCCUCCGCUAUCUCCUUCACCAGCAGCUACGGGAACACCUCCACCGCGACGAGGGACACGCCCCCGCCGCCGUACUCGCCCCGAGACGGAUCCCCCGUGCCGAGUCGCUCGCAGUCGGUUUCUUCGGGCUCGGGGCCGGGGCCGGGAAUGGUGUCGAUGGGGUGGGCUGUAGGUACUGGUACUGGGAGUGGUGGGGGUGGACCGGCGCAGAUUAUGCAGAUUGCGCAGCCGAGACCGGUCUUUCAGAGGCAGGAGACGCUGGUGAGGAGCUUGGUGGCUAGGAGGAGUGUGGAGGAGCAGGUGGACAGGAGGAGGUCGUGUGAGGGGAGGGGGUAUUAGCUCUCCUGCUUUCUUUUUCUUUUCGUAUCUCAUAUCUUUGGCUGUUUGGGUGCGAUGUGGUUGGAUAUACUAAUGAUUAUGAGGGAUGGGUCAUGGUGGAUUAAUGUAGCAUGGGAUUCG